AUGAAGCAGUCCUUGAACCGAACUAACAGUGCCCCGACCCUCAAAAAGUCUAGCACCAACGAGGCCGGUGCAGGCCAGGCAGCGGAGGGCUUCGGUGACAAGCCUCCCGAAAUCAACAUUGCAGAUGCAAACAACGGCACCUCAACAGCUGCGAAGUCUUCCCCUGGAAGUUCGAAGUCGUUGAAGGCUGGUGCGGCUGCUGGGCUUCAGUAA